CGGCCCCGCCGGUGCUCGCAUCACCCUCAUUCGCCGGCGUCCGCUGACGCACACGGACCCGCCCGUCCAAUCUAUCUUCUCGCCUGCGCCCUGCGCUGCGCAUCGGCUCGAGUCCCCACGAUUUUAUCCAUUCCUUUCCUCUCCGCUCCACCGAAGCCCACCUCUACCGCACCGAAAAGGGCGUGCGCGACGACACGAACCCAACACCCCCACGUUCGCCACGUGCGCGCCGCGUCCGACUCGCCCCGAGCCCGGCGAGCCUCCGCCACGGGAUCACGAGCCCGCCUCCGCAGGCGAGUCAGACGGCCGGGCGGUCCAUGGGGACGCUCCUCCGGCCGGGGCCGCCCGCCGCUCCGGCGGCCGCGUCGCCCCUCCCCGUCUCCUUCUCCUCCGCCCACGCGGCGGCUGGCGGGGGCGGAGCGAGGAUACAGCCGCGUCGGGUGUCGGCGGUGGUGUUCCGCUCCCCGAGCCGGCAGGUACUGGCGACGAGGUGUCGGCGGAGAGACACGGUAGUGAGGUCGGAUGUCCUCGCCGGUGGCGCUGCCGCCGCAGCUGGGGAUUCGACGCAGGCGCUGUCAGACCUGCAAGUGGCUCCAAGAGUCAGAGGGGUUUGCUUCUAUAUGGUGACUGCAGUUGCAGCGAUAUUUUUGUUUAUAGCUAUGGUUGUGGUUCAUCCACUUGUACUGCUAUUUGACCGAUACCGUCGGAGAGCUCAGCAUUACAUUGCGAAGGUUUGGGCUACUUUGACAAUUUCCAUGUUCUACAAGCUUGAGAUCAAGGGAAUGGAGAAUCUACCUCCAAAUAGCAGCCCUGCUGUCUAUGUUGCUAACCAUCAGAGCUUCUUGGAUAUCUAUACCCUUCUAACUCUAGGGAGGUGCUUCAAGUUUAUAAGCAAGACCAGUAUCUUUAUGUUCCCAAUUAUUGGGUGGGCAAUGUAUCUCUUGGGUGUGAUUCCGUUGCGGCGUACGGACAGCAGAAGCCAAUUGGACUGUCUCAAACGGUGUGUUGAUUUGGUGAACAAAGGAGCUUCUGUAUUUUUCUUUCCAGAGGGGACUCGGAGUAAAGAUGGAAAGCUAGGUGUAUUUAAGAGAGGUGCAUUUAGUGUCGCCACAAAGACCGGUGCUCCUGUUAUACCUAUUACUCUUAUCGGAACCGGGAAACUGAUGCCUUCUGGAAUGGAAAGCACUCUUAAUUCAGGUUCGGUAAAGGUCAUUAUUCACCGACCUAUCAAAGGGAAUGAUGCAGAGACAUUAUGUUCUGAAGCAAGGAAUGUGAUAGCAGACACUCUUCUGCUACAUGGUUAUGGAGUGCACUAAAGCAAUUGGGUGCUUUUGUUUAUUUUCAAAGUAAAUAUUCCAGGGCACAAGUACUUGAGGCAAAGCUUGGUUGCAGAAUGAACAGGCAGGACGAAGAAGAAUGGCUUGCAAUUGCUAGUUGUAAUUUGUAAAAUGCUCUCCAGUGUAAUUUCCCCACUAUUUUUUUAUUUAACGAUAUAGAGAGAUGUAAAAGGCAACGGGGUCCUCUUGAUUAAGACGAUCUCUUCGUUCAACAGAAAAUAAAGUGCAUGUCAAUUUUGCCA